AAAAGCUGAAAAGAGAAGAAGCAACUCAGCAAACAGGCAACAAGAAAAAGUUUGUGCGUGUGCUUUUUCUCAAAUAAACGAAAACGAGGAAUUAAAGUAAUAUAUAGCUUUACGUGUUAUGUGUAUUGCAACAUUUAGUAAGAAUAUGACAUUAAGUUGAAAUUAAGGAUGAAUUCUGUUUUAAGUGGGGAGCAGUUGGUUCAGGCUCAUUCCAAAACAAACUAUGAAUUACCAUCAGCCGGCCUUAAAGAUUUCCAACCAAACAAUUCCUGGUUGGAGCAGAAACAGAUUCAGACCGCUCUACAAGAGAGAAAAGCACUUCUGGAAGAGGAAAGGGUAGAGAAAUGGAGUUGCCUCAUGUCAGCUCAAUGGGUCCCAGAAAAACGGAAGGCCUUCGUCAAACAGAAGAACAAAUACUGGGAGGUCUACGGACAUCACAGUGCUGCUGAUGACUUGGAUUGGCUAUUCCCUGAGGAGGUUCUUUUCCUAAUGGAAAUGAACUGCUUGGAGUGCCUUUACGAAGAAAUACCUUUGUCGAUACAGAAGGGUUAUUCAGUACUACUUGGGCCAGAGAAUGGAUGCUCUCUCACUGAGUACAGAGUAUUUUCCCACUUGUGCCGUACUGGAUACCGAGUAGUUCGCCAUCUUCCAGACCUUACAGUUACUGCUUAUGAAAAGCAGAUACGACUGGACCAGCAUCUAGAGCAGAAGAAGAGCUACGAUGAAGGCAUCAGUGAAUCGGUCAUUGUGAGACCUGACUUGCCACCCAAAAAAAUUGUGGAAUUAUUAGAAAAUGCUGAAAUAACCAUAGAAUCAGGUGGUCCUGUGAAAUCUGGAGUUCAAAGCAGUACAGAGGUCAAGAAUGUUAAAUUUGAAGAAGUGAGAAAAAAAUGUAUGAAAAACAACAUUGAGAUUAUUGAUAUUGCUGAUUCAUCAUCUGAAGAGUCAUCAAGUUCUGAGUCCUCAGAAGAAGAUAGUGAUAUUGAAAUCAUAGAAGUGUUUGAACCAGAUUCAAAAACCUCUGAUGAUGAAGGAGGAGGAGAGGAAGAAGACGGGAUGGAGGAGGAAGAAGAAGAUGAUAUUGAGAUUAUAGAAUUGAAUGUUCCUGAAAAAGAGAUCAUUGUUGCUACCAUUGAGUCUUCUGACAGUGAAAAAGAAAAUGAAAGUAGUGAUUCCGGGAGUGACAAAAGUUAUGAUGGCAACUGGAAACGAAAUCAUCCUAAGACACAGAGAUUUGUCAGACCCCCCAAUAUGAACAAUUUGAAAUUUUUAACUGCAGAGGAAUUUUGUGCAGAUAAAAUCCCUAGAUUAAACAAUCCUCAGACAUGUGAUUCUUUGAUCAAUGAAAGCAACUUACAAGUAGCAAAUUCAGUUAAAGAUGGUAACAAAGAUUCAGAUUUUAUAAGCCUUCAGCCCUCUGUUGGACGAUCUUGGCAGUUGUUUCCAGUUACUAAAAGUAGAAAUGAUAUUUUAGAUUUAAUGCCCACUAUGGCAGGACAAAAUAGUAAACUUAUGACUCUUGAUAGACCAGACUUGCGACUUGUCCCUGAUAAUGUUAUACCUAAACAACAAUCAUAUACAUUUAAUACCAACGCACUUCGGGCCAGAGUAUUUUCUGCCUUUAGAGGUUUUCGGGGCCGUAGGAAUUUUCACGGUCCAAGAUUUGGUGGUUAUAAUUCAUCAUAUAUUAAUAAUAAUAUGAACAUUUUUCCAAAUCAAUUGGGUGUUGGAAAUGGAAUGUUGCAGAAUCCAUUAUUAACUCAAAUGUUUGGUUCUGAUAUAAAUUCAGUGGCCAGAGGAAUGAUGCAGUUCGCUUCAGCUUUAUUGUUGAAUGUGCCUCAAAACAAUCAGUCCAAUGGCCUGCGGCCAUAUCAUAAUCAGCCACCCUUUCAUGCUUCUGGGUUUUCUCAGUCCAAUUUCAAUUCUAGGCCUCUAUUUGAUGAACCAUCCAGAAAUUUUAUUACCCAAAAUCAUAUAAGAUUUUCUGACCCUAGAAGCUCUAUGAUGAUAAGUGAAAAUAUUGAACCUUUCCAAAAUAGAAGUUAUGGACUGGAGCGAUCCAAUAUUUCAAGGAGUUCUGGAGGAGAUAGUGACUUUGACUCUUCUGAAAGGACUUUUACACCACCUAUUAGAAGAGGUUUUAGAGGAAAUCGUGGUUAUUGUUCUAGGAGGCCUUUUAACAGUAAUAUUCGUAAUCCGAGCAGGCUAUCACCGUCUCCAAGACAUAUUAGAUUUUUAGACACUGAUUUCCCUGUUGACCCAGCUUACAUUAAGCCCGAUGUGCCUCUGACCGGAGAGCAGAGCAAUGAUUUAGGAGAUAGAGAGGGCUUCAUUCCAUUCAGAAAUUCAACAAAUCAAACUCCAUUAGAAGAAGUUAUAGAUAUUUCAAAUGAUGACACUGUUGCACCCGAAAGGAAAGAAAUAGGCAAAUGUUUUCAACAGAAACGAAAAAGAAAAUUGAAAAAGAAGAUGAGAAUGGCUAAAAAGAGACUUCAUCAGAACAGUUCUGGAAAAGAUCCUGUUAUCAUUUUCUUAGAUAGUCCCACCACUAGUGAUGUGCCUGUAAAACAAGAAAUUAAUGAAGUAUCAACUGUUAAGGUCAAGAGUGAAACAAUAGAACAAAAUGUUUCUGUAAGUGUGAAACAAGAAUCUGAAGUAACUUCUACAUUAGGAGUCAAAGCAGAAUUAAAUGAGAAUACCAGUAUAAAAACUGAAAGGAAUGCUGAUGAAAGGCAAGAAACAGGAGUGAAAAGUGAAGCAAGCAAUGAAGUAAGAGUCAAGCUAGAACAAGAUCAGUCUGGAACAAACUUGCGUGUUGAAAUAAAAAUUGAAAGUUCCAGUGAUACAUCAUCAGUUAAUAGUUUACCAAUAACUUCUCUAGUCAAAUCAGAACCCAAUGCCUCAAUUAAAUUAGAAUCAAGUUCUAUUGGAGAUGUAAGUUUAACUGAAAUAAAAGAAGAAACUUGUGUAGACCCAACAGUAGUGAAAAUAGAGAAUGUAUCAGAGCAUACAGGGAGUUCAUGUCAAAAAGAAGCUGUACGUACCUCUGAACAGAGAGAAAAUGAACAUUCCAAAGAAAAAAGAGAUAUUGAACAAUCCAUACACCAAACAGCUGAACAUUAUUCAGAGGAAAGUGAAACUGAACAAACCUUAAAACAAAAAGAAACUGAACAUCCAUUACGGGUUACGGAGUAUAUAGAGAAUGAAAAUCAUUCACAUCAAGAAGAAACUGCGUCCACCUCAGAGCAAAAGGAAGAUGAAUAUUCAAAAGAGCAAGAAGAAUUUAAACAGUCUACAAAUAAAAUCCUAGAAACUAAGGAGUUUUCAGAGCAAAUUGGAAUUGAACACUCCUUAAAACAUAAACAAAUUGAACAUUUUGAUGAUCAAAGUGAGCCUAAACAUAUGUUUGAGGAAAAAGAAACUGAAAAUUUCUUAGAGGUAAUGGAAGCUGAAAGUGUUUCAAAGGACAAAGAUAAUGAAAGCCCUUCAGAUAAAAUAACUAUAGUCUCAGAGAGAAUGGAAACUGAAAAUGUUACAGAAGUAAUGGAAACUGAAUCUGUUGUUCAAAAUUCAACAAUUACUGUUAAUUUGUUAUCAGAAGAUAGAUCUAUUUCAGUUGGAAAAACUGUGAAUCAAAUAGAAAAAUAUGAGACUGAUAUAGAAGUGUGUGUAGAUGUUCCAAGUUCAAAUAAUAUUUGUGAGGAAUUGUUGGUUAACUCUAAUACUGUUACAGUAUCCUCGAGUGAAAAUACUAGUAGUAAAAUGGAACUAGAGAUUUCAGGUAAAAUAUUUGAAAGUGACUCUUCAAGGACUAAAAAAAUUGUGAUCAGUGAUGUUGAGGAAAGUUCCAGUAGUAAUGUGGAAGAACAUGUAGGUAGCGAUUCUCGAGAUAAUGUGAAUUGUAGUGAAGUAGAGAGUGAUAUGUCUAGUACGACUAUUUCUGGUGAGAUUAAAAGGACAAUGCAAAGUGAAAGUAGAAAACUUAAGAAGAAUGUGAAAAGUUAUGGUCAAGGAUCAAGUUGGGCUGAGGUCAAGAAAAGCAAUGUUCCUUUAACAAACUUUCUUGAGAGUGAAAUGGAAGACAGUGAUGAGGAAGAAAAUGUGGAAAUUCGCCCAUUGAUAAAGCCAAAGCAUUGCAAAACAAUAGUUAGCGUUCUGUCAGCAUUGCAGAUAUUCAGUCCAUUCACACCCGCAGUACCGGACAACAUUCCUAAGUUAAAGAUUAGCUUUGACAUGUACCUGCCAACAGACUACCGCAAGGCACAGAGGAGUCUACCCCACUUUAGGAUUGUAGUCUUUGGAGGGAUGGACCCCAUACCUAGCCCUGCCCAGCUGCUGGAGCUACAGCAAAGGUUCAAAGACAGUGUUCCCGUGCUGCGAGCUGUGGUCACUCCAGAUUCUGUCGUGUUCUACACGUGUUCUGAUGUGUCAUUACCUGUUGACAUCACAUCUUACCGGAAUUGACAGCUUUGUCUUUUAACUUUAAUUUUAUAUUAAAUUUAAAAGAAAGCCCUGCUAAA